AUGGGCUGUAGCAGUACGAGCUGCAGCGUGGCCGUGGCCCUCUUGCUGCUGGCGCUCGGAGCCAGUGGCCAGCUGCAGGUGGGGUUCUACUCCAAGUCCUGCCCCAGCGCCGAAUCCACCGUCGCGUCCGUCGUCCGGGCCGCCUCCGCCUCCGACUCCACCAUCCUCCCCGCGCUCCUCCGCCUCCAGUUCCAUGACUGCUUCGUCAGGGGUUGCGACGCGUCGGUGCUGAUCAAGGGUGGUAACAACAGUGCGGAGGUGGACAACGCGAAGCACCAGGGCCUCCGCGGGCUGGACGUGAUCGACAGCGCCAAGGCGCAGCUCGAGACGCAGUGCCCAGGCGUCGUCUCCUGCGCCGACAUCGUCAUCCUCGCCGCGCGCGACGCCGUCGCCUUCACGGGCGGGCCGUCGUUCGACGUGCCGACUGGCCGGCUCGACGGCAAGGUGUCGAACCUGCGCGACGCCGACGUGCUGCCGGACGUGCACGACUCCGCCCAGGUCCUCCGCUCCAAGUUCGCCGCCGGCAGCCUCGACGACAAGGAUCUCGUCCUCCUGAGCGCCGCGCACACGGUGGGCACCACGGCCUGCUUCUUCAUGCAGGACCGCCUCUACAACUUCCCGCUCGCGGGCGGCGGCCGAGGGUCGGACCCGUCCAUCCCGGUCGACUUCCUCGCCGAGCUAAUGUCCCGGUGCGCGCCGGGGGACUUCAACACGCGGGUGCCGCUGGACCGCGGCAGCGAGCGCAUCUUCGACACCUCCAUCCUCCGCAACAUCCGCAACGGCUUCGCCGUCAUCGCCUCCGACGCCGCCCUCUACGACGACGCCUCCACCGUCGACGUCGUUGACUCCUACUCCGGCCUCCUCGGCACCAUCUUCGGGCCAUACUUCCGCCAGGACUUCGCCGACUCCAUGGUCAAGAUGGGCAGCAUCGGCGUCAUCACCGGCAGCAACGGAGAGGUCCGGAAGCUCUGCUCCAAGUUCAACUGA